UGAACGCACCGUGUCGUUGCUCAGUCGUUAGUUGGGACAGUGGACUGACUACAUAUCUGGCGACAAGCGUGUAAACCAAGGGAGGGCUUGCAAAAUUGGCGCUUGUAUCGGUCGUGAUGGCUUCUGGAGCUGAGAGACCCGAGGCCGGAGACAGCGAACAAGAUGAAGAGGAAGAUGUGUACGAAGUGGAGAGAAUCAUUGACAUGCGAGUGGAAGAGGGGGAGGUGCUGUACCGCGUGCGCUGGAAGAACUACACGGCGGACGAAGACACCUGGGAGCCCGAGGCCCACCUGGAGGACUGCAGAGAGGUGCUGCUGGCCUACAAGAAGGCCCUGGCCGAGAACAAGCCCAAGAAGGACGCCAGUGUGACCCCUUGCAGUGAUGAUAGCUCAAGGCCCCCCUCUGAGCCACCCCCCCGAGGCCAGCUGCCGAUGAAAAGCGACAUCUUCAACGCCGACUCGGACAGCAGCGACGCCGAGCGGCCGGUGUCCAUGCCCGUGAAGAAGAAGAAGAAGAAGAAGAAGCAGCAGCAGGCCGAGCCCGAGGACGACGACCUCCUGCUCAAGGACAAGAAGAAGAAAAAGAAGAAGAAAUGGAAGGAGGACAAGCCCCUGCCGGCGCCGGAGACGGACGAGGAGGACGAGGAGGACGAAGAGGCCCGCGAAACAGCUCCUCCACCGCCGCCACAGCAGUCGUCGUCGUCGUCGUCGUCCCGCAAGGAGCACAAAGCCGCCGAGAGCAAGCGGAGGCUGCCGGAGUCGGACGACUCGGACGCGCCCGUGGCCCCCAAGAAGCACAAGAAGGACGGCAAGCUCAAAGAUGGCGGUGGCGGCGGUGGGAAGCAGCAGCAGCAGAAGAAGGAGAGCGUGGAGGACGGCAGGAAGUCGAAGAAGAAGAAGCCCAGGAAGGGGCUGGAGUCGUCGGACGAGGACGAGGGCGCCAACAGCGAGACGCAGUCGCUCGGCAAGGAGGACGCCGCGGAGAGCCACGGCGACACGCCGGCGAGGGCCAAGCCGUCGGAGAAGGAGCGGGAGCGGGAGCGGGAGAAGGAGCGGGCGCAGCAGCAGCAGAGGUCCGAGGGCAAGAAGAAGAGCAAGAGCGACCUGAAGCUGCAGGGCCUGAAGGAGCUCAUGCAGGACAAGAAGCUGAAGAAGGCCGAGGGCUCGGGGUCGGGCUCCAGCUCCGGGGCCACCCCGCUCAGGGACAGCAGCCUGAGCAAGCUCAAGAGCCUGACCAGCGGCGGCGGCGGCAGCAGCAAGGGCCACAAGGGGCCCCGCGGGGGCGGCAGCAACGACGGGGACGAGGCGGAGGCCAAGCCGCGGGGCAAAGGGCAGGAGUCCUCCUCCUCCUCCUCCUCCGCCGCCGCCGCGCAGCGGGCGCCCUCGUCGUCCUCCUCCUCCUCGUCGUCCUCGGGCCGCGGCAAAGAGGACGAGGGCAGGGAGGGCUCGGCGGGGGCGGGGGCCGGGGCGGCGGGCGGGGAGAAGGGUGCCGCCUCCAACCUGUUUGAAGAGUUCCUGCUCAACUGCGAGGCCAAGGACCGGGCGCCGCGGCGACACGGACAACACACGGGCGCCCCUGGCACAGAGAAGAAUGCGGCCAAAUCGGACAAGAAGACGAGGCCCAUGAAGGAGUCUCCGGCCCGGCGACCGGACGCUGACAAGGCAGACAAAUCCAGAGAUGCGUCGCGCUCCGGACAAAGCCCGGCGACCCCGGAGUCGGACGGCGAGGACAGGAGGGAGGAGCCUCCCUCGAGGUCAAAGGUCGACGAGCGCAAGGAGCGCACCACGGCCGAGGAGGAGGAGAGGCGGCGGAAGGAGCGGCUGGAGGACCGUCGAGCGGCGGCGGCGGAGACACCGACGUCCAGCGACUUCGGGGACGACGCCGGCAAGUGGCGGGACCGGCGGAGGAAGAGGCAGGACAGCGAAACGCGCCUCGGCGACGACAAUCAGGACGCACACGACUCCUUGGAGAGGCCGGACAAAACGCCUGAUCGGGGCCAGGCUUCACUGAACCUCGGAGUGGAUAUUAAGCUGGACUGGAUGACACUGGAUGACUUUCAGAAACACUUGAACGGAGAGGACGAGAUUCUCUCCGCAGAGCCACUUACUCCCAGUGAGCUGCGUGAGGCGGUGAAGAGUGGCGAUUACCUGGCUGUGAAACUUGCAAUCGCCUCCAACGUGGACUACAAUCUGGAUCAGGAGGACUCCAGCGGUAUGUCGCUGAUGAUGCUGGCCGCCGCAGGGGGGCACGAUGACAUCCUGCGGCUGCUCAUCAAGAAGGGCGUGAAGGUGAACGGCCGCCAGAAGAACGGCUCCACCGCGCUCAUGCACGCCGCCGAGAAGAACUUCCUCACCACCGUGGCCAUUCUGCUGGAGGCCGGUUGCUACGUCAACACCCAGACGCUGGGCGGAGAGACGGCGCUGAUGAAGGCAUGCAAGCGAGGCAAUGCGGACGUAGUGCGCCUCCUGCUGGAGUACGGUGCAGACUGCAACAUCCUGUCCAAGCACAAGAACACGGCCAUGCACUUUGCCAAGAUCAGCAACAACCUGGUGGUGUACGACCUAAUCAAAGACCACAUCCACACGUUAUCGACGGUAGCAGAGGAGACAAUCCGAGCGUACUUUGAGACGCGAUUGGCCUUGCUGGAGCCAGUGUUCCCCUUGGCCUGCCACAGACUGUGUGAGGGGCCAGACUUCUCUCUGGACUUCAACUACAAACCCCCCACACACAACCCUGGAGAAGGAUCAGGUAUCCUCCUCUUCAUCUUCCACGCCAACUUCCUGAGCGAGGUCACGGCCAGGCUGUGCGGGCCCUGUAGCGUCCACGCCGUCGUCCUCAACGACAAGUUCCAGCUGCCCAUCUUCCUGGACAGUCACUUCAUCUACUCCUUCAGUCCGGUGCUGGGAUCCAACAAACUGUUUAUUAGGCUCGCCGAGGCCCCGACCGCUAAGGUCAAGCUCCUCAUCUGUGCAUACAGAGUUCAGCUGCAGUGACCUGAUCAGUGAACAUCCUUGAGAUCGGCGGACCAGAGGACCUGAAUGAAAUGCUCCGUUAGACAAACACACUUAGACACACACACACACCACUGGAGGCACAAGAACUAACGUGUGUGCGAACAAAGAUCACUCAAGAAAGUGGUGCAGUGGUGUCAGCUCACCAAGGACUCGGUUGGUUUCCAUUCAGUUCAGGAGACCUGGAACUCAGUGGUCCAAAGGGCGUAGCCCAGCCUUCCCCUCAAGAAGAGCAUGUCACGUCUUUCCUUUUUUAGAUGGUUCGUUAGUUUCCGGCGAGCAGCAGAGUGUAUCGUGUGUGAACGCACCGUCCCAUAUACAACAUACAUGUUCAAUGUGUUGCGGACACUCCUCCUUACCCCCCCCCCCCCCAGGCCAAUACACCCCUCACCACAGGAAAAGUGUAUGUGUGUGUGAGGAAAAAGAGAGUGAGCGCCUGUUUUAAGUUUUGUACCUGAAGGUCAUUUGUAAAUCUUGUUUGUUUGUAUAUUUUUUUCCUUAAUAGAAUAAUUUAUCAGCAGAUUUAAUUUAGCAUCCAUCUUUUUUGAUCUCUUCCCAUUUUAUUCUGCAACCGUGUGUGUGUGUGUGUGUGUGUGUGUGUGUGUGUGUGUGUGUGUGAGAAAGAGAGAGAGAGAGAGAGAGAGAAUGUAUAGCUGAUAUGUGUCCGUGUGUGUUUUAUUGUGUGUUAAAAGUGUGUCUCUACACAUUUGUGUGUUGUAUGUACACACACACACACACACACACACACACACACCAGUGGAGGCGACUAUCCCAAUAGAAGAAAACUCUUCACCUGACAGGGUUGUGGAGGGACCACAGGGCUCUGGACUUGAUGUGGUUUGGUUUGGAUGUAAACAAACCAUCAGAGCUUCUGUCAUGUUUAGUGUGCGUUUGUGUGUCCUUUUUGUUUUGUUUUUUUUCUUCCCCCAAAGGACUGUUUUCUUUCCUUUUAAAGCCUUCCUUCCCAGGUACAUGGGGUCAGUCUGCAGGUGUAUUCCCCAUGACUGCUAAUGUACUGAGAGAUCCAGUAAUCUGCAGGUAGACACUGUAACACGUGUGUGUGUGUGUGCGUGUGUGUGUGUACGUCUGUGUGAGCAGACCGACUGUCACCUUAAGGGCUACGGCGUGCCUGCCUUGGGAAACAGCACGGCGCAUUUCUUUUGUUUUGGGUGGGGGGGGGGUGGAUUGAGUGAGGAGCAAUCAUCUGUUGUCACUGCAGCAGCUGCAGCUUUGUGAGAGAACGUUAAACUGUUCGUGUUCUCCUUUCUGCUACUGGGGAAGGUCCAGGAAGUGAUGCACGGACCUCUACAGCAGGACCUGUCUGAUAUUCUGUAUAUGUUGGGAACCAUACAUGGAGAGGCGGGGGGUGGUGUUGUUUUGUUUCCCCCCCCCCUACUUUUUUUGUCUCAUUUACGUCUCCCAAUCUGGUCCGCUAAACUGAUGGUGUGUCAACACCUGAGCUUUUUUUUUUUUUUUUAAAUAUAGCUGCUAAAAAUUCAUGUUUACCGUUCUGAGGCCAAUUGCUGCCUUUUUCACCCUCAAUAUAAAUGGUGUCAGUGACUGCAUUGUUCAGUUAUUUGCAUGUCCUGUCCUAGUCAAAGAAACGAAUCAAACCGUUCCAAAACAGACAUCGCGUAAGCCAUGGUUCAGGAACGAGUAUCAUAACAUGACUUUUAAAAGCAAAGGAUUGCGUUGCGUGUUUUGUGAAACUUUUUUUCCCCCCUUAAGUCUUUUGUUUUAGUCUUUUCCCACCAUGGUUUGUCCCCAAAUAUGUGGCCUCAACUGAAGUCUGUGUGUGAGUCUCUAUGGAAAGCUUGAGGAAGAGAGUGACUGUGUGUGUGUGUGUGUGUGUGUGUGUGUGUGUGUGUGUGUGUGUGUGUGUGUGU